AUGUCUCGUCGGCACAAGAAGGAAGUAAAGGUUGACGAGGCACAAGAAAAAGAGAAAAAGGAAGCGGCAGAUCUGGCGAUGGACAAGCGGGAGGUUGUGCACAAAAGGCCAGAAGGCCGCCUGAAAUGGCUGCACAAAGCCUUAGUUCUGGCCUCAAAGGGCCGGGUUUCCAUGCCCACGAUCUACGAUAUAGUGAAGUCCUCCCAGUUCACCUCCGGCAUGAACUCAAAGGUCGGACUGCAGAUCAAGGGCAUGGUACUCGCCAACCUUCAUCUCUUCAAGAAGGAGCAACAGAAAACCCUGCAGCACAGCAGGCUCAUGAGCUUCUCCGAGGAUGGCUCCGUGCCAGCAGGCAACUCUGACAGCGAGGAGUCCAAGCGAAAACGGAAGAGACGGAGAUCCAGCUACAGCAGUGACGAUUACAGCCGCAGCCGAAGUAGCAGCUACAGCCGGAAUCGCAAGAAGAAGAAGAGCAAGAAGGAGCAGGAUGAGGAAAGCAGGCCGAAGGCGAAGGAGAAAGAGAAGGAAAAGGAGAAGGCAAAGGAGAAGGAGAAGGAGAGAGCCAAAGAUAGGGAAAGGGAGAAGCAUGAAAAGAAAGCCAAGAAACAGAAGGGCAAGUCUGAUGAAGAUCCGGAUGGGGACAGGGCGAAGGAGAAGCACAAAGAAAAAGAGAAGACGAAGGAUGAAGACUCUGGCAAGAAGAAGAGCAAGAAGGACAAGUCGAAGGAGUGA